UGGCUGUUGAUCUGUUCGCCGAGCUUGGCAAUUGAUUUGCAAACGUUUCCCUACCAACUGCGCACUGAAGAUGUCUCCUCGAAUGGUGACGAAACCGCACUGAAGAUGUCUCCUCGAAUGGUGACGAAACGUUUGCAAAUCAAUUGCCAAGCUCGGCAAACAGAUCAACAGCCACCUGAUCAAUUACCAAUGGAACUGAGUUUUUCGCACAUUCACCCAGACAAAAGCACUAUCAACAUGACCUAUCAACAUGACCUUGAUUACGAGUAA